CCCAACAAAUUUUCCCACUUUUUGUUUCUCUUUACACAAACCCCAAUCAAACUUUACUGGUGCUGAAUUUUGAUGCAAAAUUGAUAUUUUCUCAGUUGUAUGAUGUCAUCGGAGGAGUGUUAUGAUGAGUCAGAGCUGGAAUUGGGGCUCGGCCUCAGCCUUGGAGCUGCAAAGACUAAGCCCAACCAACCGGCGCCAUCCUCCUCCUCCAUUACUAAACUCAAUCCCACCGGCACCAAGAGAACCGCCGAUUCCCCCUGCUCUCCGCCUCCCCGUUCUGCAAUUAGUCAGGUUGUUGGAUGGCCUCCCGUCCCAACUUAUAGACUGAACAGCUUGUCGAACCAUGCAAAAUCACCCGUCACUGAGGAACUUUUCUCCAUUUCUGAUAAAUGUCAAGGCAAGAAUACUGAUAAUUUAAAGGAAAAAGGAUUUGUCAAGACAUCUCUGUUUGUGAAGGCUCACAUGGAUGGGGUUGCAAUUGGUAGAAAGGUUGAUCUUAAUGCUCAUAGCUGCUAUGAGACUUUAGCUUCUGCAUUGGAUGCCAUGUUUAUUCCGAGUGCUUCAGUUGGGGCCAGAGGAUCAAAUAUGGAAGAGCAAGCUUCUGUUACUGGUAAAAGACAACAUGUUAGAUUCCUGGAUGGUUCAUCAGACUUUGUUCUCACCUAUGAGGACAAGGAUGGAGAUUGGAUGCUUGUGGGAGACAUUCCUUGGGAGAUAUUUCUGAAUUCUGUGAAGAGGCUCCGGAUCAUGAGGACAACCGAUGCCAAGGGGCUUGCUCCGGGAUCUCAAGAAAGGAAUGGGAGAUGACCAAUUGCUCCCUUGUAGAGAACACACCUCGUCUAGACAGUCUCGGUCUAGAAGCAUGAAGCUUGAAGUUGUGAAUUCUUUGAUGACAUCUGUUACCAACAAAAAAUAUCAAGGCAGCAUCGCGUUUUGGUUUAAUUUUGGUCACUUUUACAUCUUAUUACUAAUAAUAUUCUGACACAUCAUACACCCUCGGUCCAGGAUGCCAUCUGCAUCUGCACAACGCAGAUGCCCCGUCCCUCUUUUCUGUUUGUAGGUAAAGUAUACCAAGCAUUGCCAUGUGAUACACUGUAUGAAUGGAAAUGGCAAGUUUGCUACAUUCCCUCCUGGUUUAAAGAAGGAAUAUAGUAUAUAUAUAUAUCAUAUGCUUUUGCACGAAGUUUGAUGCUUUAUUCCCUCAUUUCUAUCUCCUAUUUUUCGUGUAUUUCAUUUGUUGAGCUGUGUGUGAGAUGCUGGAAGGAGAAUUUGUACAAUGUUUAGACAAUGUGUCAACUAUACACGUUGAUCAUAAUGUUAUUGAUAUGUCUUGAUCGUGGAA